AAACUCAUUUGACCAUAGUGGUAGUUGUCGGCCAUUAUUCUUUGUCAUCCGAAACAGAAUGCCAUUCCAAAGGUUCGUUGAAUCGGGCCGAGUGGCCUACAUCGCCGAUGGCGAUCACAGUGGCAAACUGUGCACCAUCGUGGACGUCAUCGAUCAAAGCAGAGCAUUGGUCGAUGGCCCCGAGACCGGAGUCCCCAGAACAGCUGUCCGCUUCAAGCAGCUGCACUUGACCAAGUUCAAGUUUUCUCUUCCCUACACUGCUCCUACCAGACUUGUCCGCAAGAACUGGAAAGAUGCUAAGAUCACCGAGAAGUGGGCAGAGAGCAGUUGGGCUCAGAAAAUUGCUGCGAGAAAGAGGAGAGACGCGCUCACGGACUUCGACCGUUUCAAGCUGGGCCGUGCCCGCCAGACUCGCAACCGCAUCAUCACUAGGGUCUACCAGAAGCUGAAGACAAAGGCUGCCCGCUCUGGCCGCGUCUACCCUGGUAAGAAGCGUUGCAAGAAGUCCGCCAAUCCUAAGAACGCCGCCGCCAAGGCCGCAGCUAAGGGAAAAGGCAAGGGAAAGAAGUAAGGGCUUGUAUGUUAAAUAAAAAACUCUUGUAUCUCUUAAGAAA